CGAUGGCUUCGAGCGCACUCCAUCCUAUAUAAAGAAAAAAGAAAUAGAAAUGACAAAUAAGAUUCCAAAUAGAAACCAACAAAAUUAAACCAGAUAAUGGAUAGGACAGCUUUGCGUGCCAUAUUAAUAUCAACACGGCUCAUAUCAGUAUGCCAGUUCAUUUUUCUCUCAGUCGUUUUCACAAACAGUGACUCACCCUUUUAGAUCUCUCCUCCAGAUUCUGACUCACAACCAUCUCCAAAUGUCUCUUUGAUUCACCUUUUUUUAGUUUUAGACGAGGAUUGAUCACUGAUCUGAUCUCCGCCAAAAUGGACGGCCCUGAUGAUACGGUGAGGUUAAGCGCCAUAAACAUGAAGGCUCGUCGUGGCUUCGAUUUGGAUCCAGAUGUGUCUGUUUCUUCGCCGGUCACUAGACAGAAAGCCGCCGCCGCCAAGCAGUUUAUUGAAAACCAUUAUAAGAAUUAUCUGCAAGGAUUGCAAGAUCGUAAAGAAAGGCGUAGAGAACUUCAAAUGAGAGCACAACAAGCUGCAGUAUCAAGUGAGGAACAGGAGGAGAUGCUGAGGAAUUUGGAACGGAGAGAAACUGAGUAUAUGAGGUUGCAGAGGCGUAAAAUUGGGAUUGAUGACUUUGAGCAAUUAAAUUUGAUUGGGAAAGGUGCAUUCGGUGAGGUCAGGUUAUGUCGUGCUAAAAUUACUGGAGAGAUUUUUGCCAUGAAGAAAUUGAAGAAAUCAGAGAUGCUUAGCCGUGGACAGGUUGAGCAUGUUCGGUCGGAGAGGAACUUACUUGCAGAGGUUGAUAGUCGGUGCAUUGUAAAACUUUUCUACUCUUUUCAAGACUCUGAUUUCUUAUACCUUAUCAUGGAGUAUUUGCCUGGUGGUGACAUUAUGACAUUGUUAAUGAGGGAAGAUAUUCUUUCCGAAGAUGUUGCACGUUUUUACAUAGCAGAGAGCAUCCUGGCUAUCCACUCAAUUCACCAACACAACUAUAUCCAUCGGGACAUUAAACCAGAUAACCUGAUAUUAGACAAGAAUGGCCAUUUGAAGCUUUCAGAUUUUGGCUUGUGCAAGCCCCUUGAGGAUAAGUAUUCAACAAUAUUAUUGGAGGAUGAAAGUAUUAUAAACCUGGAACCUACUUGUGAAGCUGAAGGACAUUGGUUGAUGCCAAAAGAAAAAUUACAGCAGUGGAAACGUAAUCGCCGUGCAUUGGCUUUUUCGACUGUCGGAACUCUUGAUUAUAUGGCACCUGAAGUGUUGCUAAAGAAAGGAUAUGGAAUGGAAUGUGAUUGGUGGUCCCUGGGAGCAAUAAUGUAUGAGAUGCUGAUAGGCUAUCCUCCCUUCUGUUCAGAUGAUCCACGGAUCACCUGUCGCAAGAUUAUCAAUUGGAGAACCUGCCUGAAAUUCCCGGAGGAACCAAAAAUAUCAGACGAGGCUAAGGAUUUGAUUUGCCAUCUGCUAUGUGGUGUUGAAACAAGGCUUGGAACCAGAGGAGUUGAAGAAUUAAAGGCACACCAAUGGUUCAGGGGCAUCCAAUGGGACAAACUGUAUGAAAUGGAAGCCGUAUAUAAACCCAGAGUCACUGGAGAGCUGGAUACUCAGAAUUUUGAGAAGUUUCCAGAGGUAGAAGGUCCACCAUCCACGAUACCAAGUGUAGGACCUUGGAGGAAGAUGCUGACAUCAACAGAUACCAACUUCAUUGGAUAUACUUUCAAGAAAUCUGACAUGCUUAAUACACUUGAAAAUUCAGGUACAGACUUGAGAGCAAAUGGAUCUUCAAAAGCCCCAUCUCUGAUUUCAUUGUUAGGUCAGAUAGACCUCAAAGAAACUGCCAUAUCAGAGGGUGAGCAGAAACAGGAAAUUUGAUUUUCAAAUACUUUGCUUUAGUUCUUUGUUGGAGCAUAUAUUCUUUUUCUUAUUGCAUCUGUAACCUACAAAUAAGGUAUUAUUGAACAUUUGAAUUUGGCAAGAAUUGUGGGAUUGAAGAAAGGAAUAAGGAUGUCAACUUUAAGAGUUGAUACAAAUGUGACAUAUAAGAGCAACUGUAGAGCCCUAAAUAUGUUCCAUUUUUUAUAUGAAUGUCAUACAUAAGAGCGACUGUAAAGAUGUCAAAUGUUUAUUAACUCUUCCUUUAUGUCUUUAAAGGCACGUUGGGUUACCAACCAAAAUUUUCCCUGUAUAACAGAUGUUUGAUCUUUACAGAUUUGUUUGCCUGUUCAA